AUGAAGAGCAUCCUUGGGUUCCUGUUUCCCUUCUUCAUCAUCAUCACCUGCUACUGCCUGAUUGGUGGAGCCUUGGUCAGGGCGCGGAGCAUCCAGAAGACCACCUGGUCAAGAGACGAUGAGGUGUUGAGGAUACUGGCGUCGGCUGUCCUAGUUUUCUUCCUGUGUUGGGUGCCCCACCAGGUUUUACACUUCAUGGAUCUGCUGGCCCAGCUGAAGGUUGUAACUAACUGUGUGAUGGUGGACAUCAUCGACACGGCCAUGCCCUUUACCAUCUGCAUCGCCUUCCUCAACAGCUGUGUCAACCCUAUCCUCUACAGCUUUGUGGGGCAGAACUUCAGGAAAAACCUGUUCCGACUGCUCCACUGUUCCCCCUCUGGCCCCGAAGGGACACACCCAUACAUCAGCACUAAGAUGUCUACCUAUUCCUACCGCGUCUCCGAGGUACUGCACCUCACCAACAAAAACAAGCAGGCCAUGGAGGCCAUGUCUAAUGUGAAGAGAGGAGAGAAAGAGGUGAAGUGUGUAGCUGUGUACUAAUUCUAGAACCACAAAUAGAUAAUAUGUGUUUUAAUUCUAGAAUGACAAAUAUAUAAUAUGUGUUUUAAUUCUAGAACUAUACAGAUAUAAUAUGUGUGUCAUGACUUCCACCGAAGUGGGCUCCUCUCCUUGUUCGUUCGGCGAUCGACAUCACCGGCUUUCUAGCCAUCGCCGCUCCAUUUCUGAUAUUCCAUUGGUUUUGUCUUGUUCCAUUACACACCUGGUAUUCAUUCCAUAAUUACUGCAGGUAUUUAGUCCUCUGUUUCCCCUCCAUGUCUUUGUGUGUAUUGUUUGUUCGUGAUGUGGAUUAUUGUUGGGCGCUUUAUUUUUGCCAUGUUCUGUGUUUUUGGCACGUUAUUGUUUUUAUGUGCUGUAUUUGGUGAAAUGAAAGUGCACCUGUUCACUCUGCUCUCC